GAGGGGGACAGAGUGUGUGUGCUGGCAUCACACUCUGGUCGCCACAGCGAUGGCUUCGCCGUGGAAACACUGCAGCAUCCUCCUCCUCUCUCUCCUCCUCCAUCUGCAGUCGUCUACCUGCCUCGACCGGCCGCCCGCUGACAGAGCUGCUGUCGCUCCAAUCCAUGAUGAAGGGGUCACACACAGUGAUGGAGGGAUGUGGAUGGAGGACACAGAGCAAACAAUCAGACAAAUGCUGCAGCCUCCUCCUCAGUCUCCACAGAGGAAGUUACUUCAGGUUCCAGGAGCUGCUCUACCCUUCCCUCCCCUCAAGGUGUUCUCUGAUGGGGAGCCGUGCGUCAUGUUCCAGGCCAGGAGACUGUCUCUGCGCCUCGAGAAGCAGAAGCAGCUGGACCUGACAGAGCGAGCGUUCUCUCCUCAGAAACCUGUGGACACCAGCCAGUCUGUCUGCCGCCAGGACAAGGCAACGUUGCUCAUGAGGUUUGGAGACGUGGAGGAUUUGAGAGGCCUUUCAAUCAGACUGCAGCUGUCCAACACCUUCUACGAGUCGUCCGGUCAGUGGUGGUUCUCCGUGGACAGCGUCUCUCUGCUCUACAACACGUCUGAGGAAGCUGUGUUCAAUGCCAGCGAGGUGUACGCUCCAGCCUCCUCCUCCUACCACUGCCUCCAUGUCAGCAACCUGCAACGCCACAGCGCCCUGCUGCUGCCCAGCACCGACCACGCCCGCCGCUGGACCAUCACCUUCACCGACUUCCAGAUUCAGGCCUUCAACGUCACCUCCGGUAAGUUUUCUCCCGCCAGCGACUGCGCCACUUUCCUGACGCCAGCCAUCCUGAUGGGCCUCGUCACCUCCCUCAUCCUGCUGCUGGUCCUGGCCUACGCCCUGCACAUGGUCAUCCACCUGAAGCACAUCGAGCACGACGACGAGCACAAGGCCGACGUCUACUACCCACAAACCCCUGAGCAGCCUGAACACUGCUAUGUGGAAAACAUGGCAGAGAAAAAUAUUCUGGAGUAAAACCAAGGAGAUAAAUAGAGACUGUUCUCUCUCUCACACACACACACACACACACACACACACACACACACACACACACACACACACACACACACACACACACACACACACACACACACACACACACACACACACACACACACACUGCUGACAUCUGACACCAAACCUCUGGUAUGAUGGAACUUUCUGCUCAGGAUUUGCUUUUUGAAACAUAUAUUUAUAGAGUUUUGUAAUUUGUCUAUCGGUGAAUUGCUGUAUUUGUCUUUAUUAUAAAUUUAUUUUAAAAAUG